AUGUCAGGGAAGGAGAGCAGGAAGCGCCAGGAGUCUGCCCUCCAGCUCAACAGCACCGGCCGGCAGCCACUGUCUGCAGCAAAACCCAUUUACGGUGGCUGGCUGCUCCUGGCUCCAGAUGGGACUGACUUUGACAACCCAGUGCAUCGGUCUCGGAAAUGGCAGCGGCGGUUCUUUAUCCUCUACGAGCACGGCCUCUUGCGCUACGCCCUGGACGAGAUGCCCACAACCCUCCCUCAGGGCACCAUCAAUAUGAACCAAUGCACGGACGUGGUGGAUGGGGAGGGCCGGACAGGCCAGAAGUUCUCCCUGUGCAUUCUGACCCCUGAGAAGGAGCAUUUCAUCCGGGCAGAGACCAAGGAGAUCAUCAGCGGGUGGCUGGAGAUGCUCGUGGUCUAUCCCAGGACCAACAAACAGAACCAGAAGAAGAAGCGGAAAGUCGAGCCACCCACGCCACAGGAGCCAGGGCCAGCCAAGAUGGCUGUCACCAGCAGCAGCAGCAGCAUCCCCAGUGCUGAGAAAGUCCCCACCACCAAGUCUACACUCUGGCAGGAAGAAAUGAGGGCCAAGGACCAGCCAGAUGGGAGCAGCUUGAGUCCAGCUCAGAGUCCCAGCCAGAGCCAGCCUACUCCUGCCAGUGCCUUGAGGGAACCUGGGUUGGAGAGCAAAGAUGAGGAGGGCGCCAUGAGCAGUGACCGCAUGGACUGUGGCCGCAAAGUCCGGGUGGAGAGCGGCUAUUUCUCCCUGGAGAAGACCAAACAGGAUUUGAAGGCCGAGGAGCAGCAGCUGCCCCCGCCGCUCUCCCCUCCCAGCCCCAGCACCCCCAACAACAGGUAUAGUGGCCCUGGACCGCCCUCCCAGGAGCUUGGUCAUCCCUUUCCUUCCUCAGGUCCUCGACGCCCCAGCCGAAUGGUCUGCAGCAGCUCCCUUGGCUCCCUGGAUGCAGCCAGCCAGCCCCCUGCCCACAUGGACUCUGGCAGCGCUGGGGGGCAGGGGGCAGAGAGACUGGGGCGCACUUUUGCCUUUAAAGCCAGCAGGCAGUAUGCCGCCCUGGCCGACGUCCCUAAGGCCAUCAGGAUCAGCCACCGAGAAGCCUUCCAGGUGGAGAGAAGGCGGCUGGAGCGUAGGACUCGGGCCCGGAGCCCUGGCAGGGAAGAGGUGGCCCGUCUGUUUGGCAACGAGCGGAGGAGGUCCCAGGUGAUUGAGAAAUUUGAGGCCUUGGACAUUGAGAAGGCAGAGCACAUGGAGACCACCUCGUCGGCCGCACCCUCGCCAUCAAGCGAUACUCGCCAGGGCCGCAGCGAGAAGAGGGCGUUCCCCAGGAAGCGGGACCUCCCCAGUGAAGCCCCCACAGCUCCUCUCCCGGACACCUCGGCCUCCCCCCUGUCUCCACACCGAAGAGCCAAGUCACUGGACAGGAGGUCCACGGAGUCCUCCCUGACGCCUGACCUGCUGAAUUUCAAGAAAGGCUGGCUGACCAAGCAGUACGAGGACGGCCAGUGGAAGAAGCACUGGUUUGUCCUUGCUGAUCAAAGCCUGAGAUACUACAGGGAUUCAGUGGCUGAGGAGGCAGCUGACUUGGACGGGGAAAUAGACUUGUCUACGUGUUACGAUGUCACAGAGUAUCCAGUCCAGAGAAACUAUGGCUUUCAGAUACAUACAAAGGAGGGCGAGUUCACUCUCUCUGCUAUGACAUCUGGAAUCCGGCGGAAUUGGAUCCAGACCAUCAUGAAGCACGUCCACCCGACCUCCGCCCCGGAUGUGACGAGCUCACUGCCAGAGGAGAAGAACCGGAGCAGCUCCUCCUAUGAGACCUGCGCAAGGCCAAGCGAGAAGCAGGAGGGAGAGCGUGGGGAGCCAGACCCCGAGCAGAAGAGGAGCCGUGCUCGAGAGCGGAGGCGGGAGGGGCGCUCCAAAACCUUUGACUGGGCCGAGUUCCGCCCCAUCCAGCAGGCCCUGGCUCAGGAGAAAGCCAGCGCUGUGGGGCCCCCUGACACCCGCGCUGAGGCAGAGCCCGGCGAGCUGGAGCGGGAGCGUGCCAGGCGGCGCGAAGAACGCCGCAAGCGCUUCGGGAUGCUUGACACCGUGGACGGGGCGGGCGCCGAUGAUGCUGCCCUGCGGAUGGAGGUCGACCGGAGCCCGGGGCUGCCCCCAACCAGUGACCUCAAGACACAGAAUGUCCACGUGGAGAUCGAGCAGCGGUGGCAUCAGGUGGAGACCACCCCUCUCCGGGAGGAAAAGCAGGUGCCCAUUGCCCCUCUGCACCUGUCAUCUUCUGACGAUGGAAGUGACCGACUCUCCACACACGAGCUGACCUCUCUGCUGGAGAAGGAGUUGGAGCAGAGCCAGAAGGAGGCCUCGGACCUUCUGGAGCAGAACCGGCUCCUGCAAGACCAACUGAGGGUGGCUCUGGGCCGGGAGCAGAGCGCCCGGGAGGGCUACGUGCUGCAGACUGAAGUGGCCACUUCCCCAUCCGGUGCCUGGCAGAGGCUCCAUAGAGUCAACCAAGAUCUCCAAAGUGAGCUGGAGGCCCAGUGCCAGCGCCAGGAGCUCAUCACGCAGCAGAUCCAGUCCCUGAAGCGUAGCUAUGGGGAAGCCAAGGAUGCGAUCCGGCACCACGAGGCCGAGAUACGGAGCCUCCAGGCGAGGCUUAGCAAUGCCGCUGCCGAGCUCACCAUCAAGGAGCAGGUGCUGGCCAAGCUCAAGGGUGACCUGAGGCUGGAGAAGGACAAGGUCCGCGAGCAGCUGGAGGAGUGGCAGCACAGUGAGGCUGCGCUAAGCGGUCAGCUGCAGGCCAGCGAGCAGAAGCUCAAGAGCGCUGAGGCUCUGCUGCUGGAGAAGACGCAGGAGCUGCGGGACCUGGAGAUGCAGCAGGCACUGCAGAGGGACCGGCAGAAGGAGGUGCAGAGGCUACAGGAGCGCAUCGCUGACCUCAGCCAGCAGCUCAGCGCGAGUGAGCAGGCCCAGAGGCUGAUGGAGGAGAAGCUGCAGAGGAACUAUGAGCUGCUGCUCGAGAGCUGCGAGAAGGAGAAGCAGGUGUUGCUGCAAAACCUGAAGGAGGUGGAGGACAAGGCUAGCGCCUAUGAGGACCAGCUCCAGGACCACGAGCAGCAGAUGGAGGUGCUCCAGAAGGAGAAGCUAAGCGCCAAGUUCGAGGGCAGCGAGGUAGUGCAUCAGCUAGAGGAGCAGCUGGAGAUGAAAGAGGCCAGCAUCCAGAAGCUGGCUGAACACGUCCAGAGCCUCAGGGACGAGCGGGACCUGAUUAGGCAGCGGUUCCAGGAGCUGAUGGAUCGCGUGGCCCUGUCUGACGGGGACAUUGCCAAGCUUCAGGAGAAGCUGAGGGGAAGAGAGGCAGACUACCAGAGCCUGGAGCACUCCUAUAGGAGGGUGGCCAGCCAGCUCCAGAGUGUGCACACGCUGCUGAAGGACAAGGAGGAAGAGCUGAAGCACAUCAAGGAAGUGCAUGAGAAAGUUCUGGAAAAGAAAGACCAGGACCUCAAUGAGGCUUUGGUUAAAAUGGUUGCCUUAGGGAGUAGCUUAGAGGAAACAGAAAUGAAACUCCAGGCAAAGGAAGAGAUUUUAAGGAAAUUUGCAAAGGAGGCUUCAGAGGAUGCACAGGAGCCUCAGAGCUUCCUGGGAGAAGCAGAGGAGGAUGGCGUGGCACCCUCAGGCCCACAGCUCCAAUCCCCAGGCACGCCUCCAGGCUUACCCCACUCGGUGAUCGAGGAUGAGGACCUGGGGGCUGCCCUGGGAGAGGAACGUGGUGACAGCAGCCCCAGGAGAGAAGACGGUGUGGUACCCCCGAAGUCCGAAGCGCCUGACAGGGAGGGACACCUGCAUAGCACAGCAAAACCCGACCAGGGAGUGCCUGGUGUUAAAAGGCAAAGAAUUCGGUUCUCCACGAUCCAGUGCCAAAAAUACACCCACCCUGAUGGGUCUGAGAAGACCUGGGCCAGCAGCACGUCGUCCGACACCAGCCAGGACCGGUCGCCCUCAGAGGAAAGCAUGUCCUCAGAGGCCACCCCCAGCUCACUCCCUGCGACCAGCGACUCCGACACCUACCUCUCCAUAAUACACUCCCUGGAGACCAAGCUCUACAUCACGGAGGAGAAACUCAAAGAUGUGACAGUGAAGCUGGAGAGCCAGCAGGGCCAGAGCCAGGAGGCCCUGCUUGCGUUGCACCAGCAGUGGGCCAGCACUGAGGCACGGCUGCGCGAGCAGCUCCGUGCCAGCCUGCUCCAGGUCGGAGCGCUGGCCUCCCAGCUGGAACAGGAAAGACAAGCGAGGGCGAAGAUAGUUGAAGAUCACGUCGGGGAGCUCGGCGACUUCCAGGUGAAAAACAGUCAGGCCCUGGCUUGCUUAGAAAACUGCCGAGAACAGCUCCGAUCUCUGCCAGGGGCCAACCAGGAGGAAGCACAGGAUGCAGGAGCGAGCCCCCUGGCUAGCGUGGAGAGCGCACUGGUCGGAGCCAUCCAGGUCCUGCGGCACUGGCCAGCUCCUACAGAUGGCGGGGCCCUUGCUCAGCUAGAGGAAGAAAGUUUCUUGGAGGAAGGGAAAGCGACUUCGCAGCAGCCACCACACCAGCCUGAACUGACCGAGGAGGAGCAGCUGAAGCUCCUUUCUGAUCAAAUAGCUCUGGAAGCCUCACUGAUCAAUCAAAUAGCAGACUCUCUAAAAAACACAACGUCAGAUAUCUCGCGCGUUCUCCACGAGAUUGCUCAGUCAGGAAAGUUGCCACUGGAGUCUGAGAGUGCUGCCAUCUGUCCUGGGGCCCCAGCAGACACCUGGGCUAAGAAGGUGCUGGUAGAUGGCGAGUUCUGGAGCCAGGUUGAGUCCCUGAGUAAGCACCUGGGGACCCUGGGAGGAGAGCCAGCCGGUGCCUCAGGAGGUGGGCAGCGGAGUAUCCCACAGGCCCUGGUCCCCGCCCUCGCAGACGCCACUUGGGUCAGGGCAGAGCUCAGUUUUGCCGUGCAGUCUGUGAGGGAGUCGUUCCAGCGAAGGUUGCAGAGCGUCCAGGAGACCCUCCGGGGAACCCAGAUGGCCCUGCAGCAGCACAAGUGUGUGCUGAGGGAAAUCCUAGGGGCCUACCAUACCCCUGACUUUGAGAGAGUGAUGCAGCAGGUCUCGGAGGCCCUCGAGCUCCCAGCAGGCAUUGAAGAUGGUGCACAGGCAUCCUGGGACUUGUGCCCCUUAGGGGAGAUGCUGAGUCAUCGGAACACAGCUGGCGCCCAGGAGCCCUUUCACUUGUUGGACCAGAGCUCUGGGGCCCUUGUUGCUAUUCAGGAAGAACUCGCCCUGCAGCUGAAAGAUAAGGCCAGCCUCUUAGGGGAGAUAUCUGCCGCUUUAACCUCACUUCCCCCUGUGGAGUCGGUAAGAGAUUGCCAGAAGCUUCUCCAGGCGUCCCAGAAUCUCUCCUAUAACACUUGUUUGGGAGGCCUUGGUCAGUAUUCUUCGUUACUAGUUCAAGAUGCAAUUAUUCAGGCUCAGGUGUGUUAUGCAGCCUGCAAAAUCCGGCUGGAGUAUGAAAAGGAGCGCCAGUGCUACGAGGAGUCCCGGCAGAGUAGGGUGGCCUCCUGCCAGGAACAUGAGCAAGCUGCUGGGACCCUGAGGGAGCAGUACAAGGAACUGCUGCGGAAGCAGAAGAGCGAGUACCUGGAAGUGAUUGCCAUUGUUGAAAGGGAAAACACAGAGCUCAAGGCCAAGGUCAUGCAGCUGGACCGUCAGCAGAGGUGUCUGGAAGAAGUAGAAAGCAAACACAGCGAGAACAUGUUUGCCCUGCAAGGGAGGUACGAGGAGGAGAUCAGGUGUGUGGUGGAGCAGUUGAACAGAGCGGAGAACACGCUGCAGGCCGAGCACAGCAGAGUCCUGAGCCAGCUGGAUGCCUCGGUCAGAGACAGGCAGGACAUGGAGAGACACCACGUGGAACAGAUGCAAACCCUGGAGGACAAGUUCCAGCUCAAGAUCAAAGAGCUGCAGACAAUCCACGAGGAAGAGCUGAGGACCUUACAGGAGCACUACUCGCAGAGCCUGCAGUGCCUGCAGGAGGCCCUCUGCCACUGCCAGAGGCAGCACUCGGAAGCCCUGCCGGCCCCCAGCCCCCCGAGCAGCCCCCACCAGCACCCCACCUCCAGCUGGACGGCUGACCAGCCCAGGGGUGCUCUGCAGGUGGCCGCGGGGGAGGCCGACGCCAUGACAGGGCUGAGAGAGCGCAUCCAGGAGCUGGAGGCCCAGAUGGAUGUCAUGCGGGAGGAGCUAGAGCACAAGGACCUGGAGGGCAGCACGGCCACACUGCGGGAGAAGUACCAGAAAGACUUUGAGAACCUGAAGGCCACGUGCGAGCGAGGGUUUGCAGCAAUGGAAGAAACGCACCAGAAGAAGAUUGAAGACCUGCAGAGGCAGCACCAGCGGGAACUAGAGAAACUGAGGGAGGAGAAGGACCGCCUCCUAGCCGAGGAGACUGCGGCCACCAUCUCAGCCAUUGAAGCCAUGAAGAACGCCCACCGGGAGGAGAUGGAGCGUGAGUUGGAGAAGAGCCAACGGUCCCAGAUCAGCAGCGUCAACUCAGACAUUGAGGCCUUGCGACGGCAGUACCUGGAGGAGCUGCAGUCGGUGCAGCGGGAGCUGGAGGUCCUCUCGGAGCAGUACUCACAGAAGUGCCUGGAGAACGCCCACCUGGCCCAGGCGCUGGAGGCUGAGCGGCAGGCCCUGCGGCAGUGCCAGCGCGAGAACCAGGAGCUCAAUGCCCACAACCAGGAGCUAAACAACCGCCUGGCUGCAGAGAUCGCACGGUUACGGACGCUGCUGACAGGGGACGCCGGCGGAGAGGCCACUGGCUCGCCUCUCACGCAGGGCAAGGACGCCUAUGAGUUAGAGGUCUUAUUGCGGGUCAAGGAAUCGGAAAUACAGUACCUAAAACAAGAGAUCAGCUCUCUCAAGGAUGAGCUACAGACGGCACUGCGGGACAAGAAGUACGCUAGUGACAAGUACAAAGACAUCUACACAGAGCUCAGCAUCGUGAGGGCGAAGGCUGACUGUGACAUCAGCAGGCUGAAAGAGCAGCUCAAAGCAGCGACGGAAGCCCUGGGUGAAAAAUCCCCCGAAAACACUCCUGUGUCAGGAUAUGAUAUAAUGAAAUCUAAAAGCAACCCUGACUUCCUGAAGAAAGACAGAUCCUGUGUCAGCCGGCAACUCAGAAACAUCAGGUCCAAGAGUCUGAAGGAAGGCCUGACGGUGCAAGAACGCUUGAAGCUCUUUGAAUCCAGGGACUUGAAGAAAGACUAGCUGUGUCCCACUCGACUUGAACCACACCCUUCCCAGCUUGCGGCAGCACACCCCAAGCGCUGCUUUUUGUCUGUACCUUUAUUUUUUAUUAUUAUUAUUGUUGUUAUUGUCAUUAACUGUGGGUGUGGAUGCAUGAGAGACUGGUUUACGAGUUGUUCACACCACUCCCUGCUGUGUUGGUUCCGACUUCCUGUUGUCUUUAUCAAAGCUUGUCUCCACGGUAUUCUAAAAUCAGCCAAGCAGUGGGGGCCCGUCGGGCGCGCAAGGCCCCCUGCACUUAUGGCAGUAUUAAGGCUGGCCACCUGUCGGCAAGCCCGCUCUGCCUCGCGGUGCGCUGGGUGGGACCAGCCGGGCGAGUCCCUAGGAGAGAGCAAGCCACCCGAACCGACCCAUGCGGCCUGGGUCACAGCACUGAUGACUCGCUAGCCUGCGGGGCAGCCAGGGGGCAGGGCUGUCACCUUGAGUGGCCGCCUUUUGGCUUGGGAGGACAGCAUUUUGUAUUGUUCCACUAAUGCACCCCAGAACCACACCCCAGGCAAUCACGGUAAACUUUCACAACCUGGAAAAUGUUGAAAGCAGCCAUUCCUAUUUUUGUUUGUUUUUUAUUAAAUCUUGCACAAAACCCCAGCCCCUCUCAUUCCUUCCUACGCUCGCUCCUUGGUCACCAGUAACCUUGGUCUUUUCAUAAGUCCUUCAGCCUGCGGUUUCAGACUGUGAGUGCAGUUAACGAUGCAAUCCCUCGGAGUUGUUGAAGGAGAAAGUGUCCCUCUCUUUAACCUUGCUGGAAAGAAGCCUCCACCUGGGCUUUGGAAAGGUCGCGAGGAGACCUCUACGUUAAGUCAGGAAGAAAGUACAGAGGAUGUUAGAAUCAGAUGAAAACUGCCCAUUAUUUUGUGUUCUUAACUCUCAUUGAUAUGAGCUCCGAAAAGUUGUCUUGCAGCACUUAGAGAGCCUAAAGUAAAUCUAUACUAACAAAUUUGCUUUUUCUAACAGUUUAAGACCUUAACUGCCACAAAACACUCUACAGCACUUCUUAAAAAUCUCUUAGAGUUUGUAUUAUGGCUCCAUGAGCACCAUUCAUCCUGUAGAGACAAGGGAUAUAAACAAGCCCUAGCUGAGUGGGACCAGCUCUGCUGCCCCGGGAGCGAGGGGGACAUAUCCGAGGAGACCGUUCAGAGGAAGUCGUUCUGUUCUCACUGUGUCCCGCUGUGGGCCCAUCCAUUUUAUUGCCAAGAGCAUGCUUUGUGUAUGAAUGCUUGAGCUAGUGUGACAGUCUCUGGGCACAUGCACACUUGGGGGUGAAAAUGUAGAGAUCAUCUUGCUCAGUUUCUAGAUUUAAGUUAAUGAACAAGGUCAUGUGGGGAAAGUCCUGGAAGAGCGAGACAGAAGGCCCCGGGCUGGUUGUGAACCUCCUGCUGCCGUGCUGCCUUCUCACAGAAUGAGCGCAGAGCCCUCACAGCACCGAGCCGCCUGUUCGCCAGCUGCUGCAAGUCUUAGCACACUGGUCACUCCUUUGCUACUAUUUUUCCAUGUUUUUAAAAGCAAGAGAGUAUUAGCUCUUUUUUAAGUCUACUUAUCAGACACCUCCACUGUGUGGACUGGCAGUGUUUUUAGAGAGAACCGUGACCUUUUUGUGUCAUGCUCAGAAUGGGAGUCCACAGAAGGAGCAUUUGGGACCCUGGGGUCCAGAGCACUGUUUGAGCACGUGUCCUCUGGGGCAGAGCGAUGUGAUGUUCAGCAGGUCUGAUGGGCCAGGCUGCGUUGCCAGCCUCUGCACAGGCUGUCUGGGCACCGAGAUUUCAUGUCAUUCCUUCAGAGAGCUCGCCCCUCCAGCUUGUUUCCUUUGUGACUGCCCUUGCUGCCCCUGGGGGCUCUCUGAGCCUUCUCCAAGCAGCCCCUCCGCCAGCCCUCCCAGAGGUUUCCGGGCAGGGUCGGUGCACAGCAUGGGCUCCAUCUGCACAGACUGUGCUGUGCAGGCUUGCAAUCUGCAGUGCUUUUGAAUAGGUCAAAAGAGCGUUUUAUUCACUUGUUUACAUCACGUGUCCCUUGAGGUCGGAGCUCAGGAGUCCUGGGGAACCAGUGUGUUGAGUGCAGCAUUUGGGGAUCAAAGGCAGAGGCUGGGGAGGCAGCGCCUGCCACUGCAGCCUCCAUAAAGGCCCCUGCUGCUCGUCCUGGAGACAGCGGGCCUUCUCCGGGGCUAGCUCAGUCUGGGGGUCACCAGGAAAUGGACUGCACACGCUAAGCCAGCUGAGAACCGGGGCACUCUGGCUCCUCUAACAAAAGGCUGCUUCUUCUGUAGCCUCCCCAGAACGCCUUGAACCUGCACUAGCGUUGCGGGUGUCAUUGUAGUGACAGCUACUGUCUAGCUCGGAACCAGGUCUGAGCUUCCUGCUGAUGGGUGCCAUCCUCUGGCGGAGUGAGCAGGCAGGACAGAAUAAAGAGAGUGUGCUCACCACCCUCGUGUCCCUGCCAUGCACAGUGUCUCUGUGUGUACCAUGCAGGCUCCCAAGCCCCUGGGAGGAAGUCAGCCACCGAAUUCUAGAGAAGAAAGAGUAAAAACGUGCGAGUCAAGGUGCUUUCUGUGUUGGGGGACUGGGCCAGCUGUGGACAGGGUCAUGGGGAGGGCUUGCCCGUGCACACCAAGCAGUGAGAGUGCCCCCACUUCCCAGGGGAGGCGAAUGUUAAUAUGGGUUGAUUUCACACUUGUAAUUAUCUUCCUGUAAAUGUUUACUAUUUCAUUUGUAAUUGCUUGCACCUAUAAAAAGGCCGUGCCAAACACAUCAGUGGGAAAUGGAGCGGUCGGAGUUUAUUUGGUUUUGAGCACUCGCACAGAGUGGCCGCUUUCUGCUGGCCAAGUUCCUUUCUCAAUGCGUGUGGUGCCUGUGCCCGAAUAGGCUUGAACGCUAGCAUUCCAGGUGACGGUGGGUGGCUGCAGCCACCCUGGCAGAGGUGUGGCAGCAUGUAGGGUGAGGUGGUGGGCAGGGCACUUGGCCAUUGGGAACUGAAGCUUGUGCUAUAAGGUGUCAAAAUGAGUCUAAAUUUGUGGGAGGAAGGGAUGGCAGCCUGGGACUGUGGAGGCUGUGUCGGGAACGUGUGGGUUUGUCAAGAGCUAAGAUCAGAGGCCCUCCCUCCACGGCCAGCAGGUGGAGAGGCAGGGAAGCGGGGAAGGCCCUGGGCUCUGGCUCCUUCUGUGGACCCCAUGAGGCUGUGUGGGCCGUUCACUUGCUCACUGAACCAACAGCGAGGCUUUGGAGGCCUUGCACAGGCCAGACCAGGGAAGAGAGGGAACUGCAGCUUUUCAAAGGACAAUUGUGACACUUGGAGCCUGCCUGAAAGGCAUUCAGAGGAAACAAAAUUGAUGGCCUAAAAAAACAUUUUUAUGGAGAUGUAUUUAAUACCAUUUAUCUCACCACAGAAGUAAAUGGAACACUAACUUGUGGCCUGAGAAUGGAAUGUGACCCUUUUUAUCACUGCUGCCUGGUCGUCCCUUUACUGAGUCUGUUUUUAAGCUUGUCCUGUGGGUGAGGCACCAUAGUGCCUGUCCCAGCCCCAUGGGGUCCGGAGGCUGAGCAGCAAAACUGUGACCCCUUUUCUCCAGCUAUAGAGUGAGGAGGGUGUCCUUGGGCCCCCACCAGCUCUAGCAGUGCAGUACUGCGGGCACCCGCCUGGAUGAGCCGCAGGCAGUGUAUUCUUAGGAAAGGUUUCUUCCCUCCCGCACUUGCUGGUAACUGGCCCUGGCUCCUCAAGGCCCAGGGCUGGGACGAGCAGCCCACUCAGCUUAUAGGACAGCCUGUGGCCUGACAUCAGCGUCGGGGAGAGCUCUCCACUCCUGCUCCUUGGUGCCUGCGUGAUUUCUUCACGGCUGACCACACACGCAUUUCCUCCUGCCACUCGUUCACUCACAUGUCCACGUUCUAAGACAGUUCUUCUCCAGGGCUUCAAAGCUGUGUUUGUUAAAGUGAAAAGAAUGCAACCCUCAACAUUUAUUUUCCCUGAAAAUAAGUUUGCUCAUCAUUGUCCUAAAGAAGCUUGAAACUUAACACUAUCCUUGAUGGACACAGUUUCAAAAAAAUAACUACAGAAUAAAAUGACCCCUUUUAAAUAAGAUAGGGGGGAAAUUUAAGUAUUUUCAAAGUUUUAUAAAGCACAGGGAAAUCUGUAGGAGUAUACUUAAAGGAAAUUAAAUACUGAAAGAAAAAAAAACUUUGAAUUGGAAGCCUCACUUCUCUGGGAACGUCAGUCAUCGGAACAUCUCACGGCCUGAGAACCCGGGAGGUCGAGCUGGCGCGUGAUCUGUGCUCAGUGGACGGUGCUCCGUAGACGCGUCCGACCGGCUGCCCUCGCGCUUCUCCGCGCUGAGCUCAGUGAACAGUUCUCAGUGCCCUGGUCCAGGAGCCUCCGCCUGUACGAAGGGGCUUGGGAAGACAGCUGCUGGCAGUUUAUUCUAAAGGCUCUUCAAGGUAUUUGCACACCAUUUUUGUUCAUCUUUCAUCGUAGGCUCUUCUACCUGCUGUCCUUGAGAGGGGAACUGCUAGGUUGCUCAGCUAGAGCAUUGCGCUCGCACUCAGCGAACACUGAGAAACCGCCACUGGUUCUCCCCAAACUUCACACUUGGAAGUUCACCAGAGUGCAGACUCCCCUCUGGCCUUCCCACGCCACCAAAUCCCUGAAAGGUCUGAGCCCAGACAUCAGCCUUGUCAUCCCAGGAAAGGUCUGAGCCCAGACAUCAGCCUCCUCAUCCUAGGAAAGGUCUGAGCCCAGACAUCAGCCUCAUCAUCCUAGGAAAGGUCUGAGCCCAGACAUCAGCCUUGUCAUCCCAGGAAAGGUCUUUUCACGCACCUGAGAUCAGGUCAAAAGGUCGAGUCCUUCACUGUUCUCAACAUCAAGUAGCAGGACACCAGGAUACUGUGGUCCUCCCCCAGCAGGCCAAGGCCAUCAGGCCUCACACCACUCUUAGGAGAUGAGCAUCCAUUAUGUGCAGUUUUGUGUGUUUUACGCAUGUACAGACACUUCUGGCAAGAUGAUACUUUGCACAGUUCAGAAUCAGCUUGAAGAGCAGUCUAGUAAAACCACUCAUUUUGGGUUCUUAGAUAGGAUGACACGACGUGAGCCCAGUACGGAAAUGAACGUUAUCAGUGCCCUUUGAGAGUGGUGAGUUUCCAGCACUCAUGUUUCUCCAGAAAGGGCAGCGGUCUCCCUUCUCCAAAGUCUUUCCCAGAAGAGUCACCAGAGCCGGAGCGGAAGCCCGCCACGAGCCACACGCCCCUGGGGCGGGACAGUGACCUGCUGCAGCGGUCCUUGGGCCCUCCCUCCAGUUCACACGGGACUUGGUGAGGACAUAAGCUACUGCACGCUCAGUGUGGCUUCCAAUUCCUCUGUAUUUGAAAGCAGCUGUGUGUAUUUUCCUCAAAAUGCCCUCUAUAUUCAGAGCAAGCAGUGUGAAUAUCACUCAGAAGUUACUACAGGGAUUUUUCUGACAAGGUUUGUGUGGGUUUUUAAAAUCUUAUACAAACAUCCCUUUUUAAGAUAAGAGAACAGCUUUGGGUACAACAUUGAACUCCACCCAACAUGAUAAGGAAAUGUUUUUAAUGCCUGAUAGAUCUUUUUAAAAGCUUUGGUCAUUUAACGGGUAGUUUCAGAGACUACACAGUAUCUAAACUAACGAGAAUCCUGCACCCAGACACUGUUCUUCAUUGACAGAACUCUGUAAUCCUUGUUCUUGGUAGAGCCCUUCAGAGUCCUCGAGGAAAGUCAGAAGAACACGGUAGUUCCAUCCUGACCAGAUCCUUUACGUAGUUCUUAAGGCUUGUCGGCAACUUAGUGCACAGCACAGUGCGUCUAAAUGGGAGUCAGGAGUCUAAAUGGGUGACCUCAGGCUGCUUACGGGCAGGCCUGCAGGUGGAGUCCAGCCAAGCAGCUUCCUCACCCCAGCUCUUGGGUUGUACUGCCAUAACAGCCAGGUCGCAAAACUUGAAAGGCUCCUAUUGUACAACAUGUGUCUGUCUGGUAAGGAAACAUUCAGUCACCAGAUACAUGUGAACUGGACCGUCAGUCCUGUAGGAUGCCCUGGGAGGGCAGUGAAGUCCCAGGGGGGUGAGCCACGUGUGGGUUUGAGCUCAUCGAGAAGUCACUAGACACAGCUGCCUGCUGCCUGUUACAUGUCCCGCGCCCUUUAAGCCAGUUGUAUGACAUACUUCAGUUUUAUUUUAUAGAAAGCUAGGACUAGAUUAUAAAGAACACUAAACGCAUUAUUGUGCUAUGUUAAUAUCACAGAACUUCCAUUAAAAUGGAUUUUAGGAUUUACCUUGAGUAUUGAUGACUAAUUGUUAGGAUUCAAAACCAGUUAAGUGAUAAGAAUCAAUUGAUGUGGUUUUCCUAAGUAAGAUUCAUAAAACGUGAAGUUUCUAAGUGGCUCCCCAACAAUUAGAAUUCUUCAUGACUUUUCUCACAAAUAAACUUCUAUCAGGGUCAAUGUCUCAAUUCAGCUACUACAGACAAAACGCUACGCCAGACUGUCGGGGGAGCCGACACACGGACAGAGUGAGAGGUGCAGACAGGUCUUUCUGCUGUGGCACAUUUGGAAACAUUUCACAGCAGUCGUUUCUGCCACAGCUAAUUAUUUAACAGUCAGGAGAGAUGUUCCAAGAACAAGCUUGUGUAGUUUUAACUGGCAUUUAAUUUCUGUACUGACGCUCAGUGAAGCUGUUCAGCAGACUGACAGUCACCUGCAGGAGAAAGCAGAGGCCCGAGAGCCCGGGUCACGCCUGACACGCUGCCCGGCCCGGCGGAGGGCCCGGGGCUGAGGCAGCUCUGGAAGCAGAGCCCAGCAGGUGGGUCGCUUCCUCCAGGAGCCAGGGUCCUCCCAGAGAGAACAGCCUGGUCAGCAGAAAAACAAAGUUUCUGAUCACCUGUUCACUACAAUUGAAGUGUUACUCUGUCAAAUAUUUAUUCCUGUGUGACAUGCUAGAUUCCCAUGGAUGUAGCUGAUCAUUUGUAUUUUGUUAAUAUUACCUAACUUUACAUAAACUCUAUCAUAAUAAAAUAUUUUUUGCAUCA